AUGCCAGAUAGGGCAUUGGAGAUGGAUGGCCUGAGCCAGCGGCUCAUUGAGGAGGAUAAGCUUAUCAUUAAAUAUAGAAACCUAAUUCUUCAAAUGAACCCAAACAUAAUCCUGUUGCAGGUUGAAGGGGGGGACUUGGUGGGGCUCCAAUCCCAGGUGUAAGGCAGAAGAGGGCAUUUCCCAGGGGCCAGCAGAUGACAGCAGCAUGCCUCAGGCUCAGCUGGAGCCCAGCCUGGGUUUCAGCACCACUACAGUGGAGAGGCAGGGUGAAGACACUGACUCCCUCAGUCCAACCCUCACCAGUCCUUACGUCCAGCAGGAGGUGGAUGAACGACUGACUGAUAUUAUAUUAUAGAGUAACUGGAAUUGAGGAAGCAAAUGUGAAUAUCCCUUAUUCUACUGUGAUGUCUUUGCAGAGUCUGUUUGGAGGAUUUGAACAAGCGUCCCAUCUUGCUCCUGGCGGGAAUCCGAUGAUGUCAUUUGUCCUGGCAACUGCUGAUAGACAAGCCAUGGGGGGUUGGCAAGGCCCUUGUCUGUCCCAUAAUGAAUUCUCGGGCAAUGGGCACACUGCAGAGUAG